GGCCCGCUGGUGGAGAAGGGAGGGGAUGAGAGAGUAAAGGGAAAGAGUUUGGCUCGUAGAGCUGAGACCUGGCAGUGCUCCCUGUUGCAAGAGCGAGGAGAGCGCACUCUGUUUGGAGGCGGGGCCAGCUGUAGCUGUGGCAUUUGCCCAACCCCUCGGCACCUCACUCAGCCGGAGGGUCUUAGACAGUAGGCAGAGCCAGGCAGACUAUCUGGUCAUACCCUGCUCAGUCUCCUCUCUGGUUGCUCUUCCACCUGGUUCUCUGGAUCUGUUUUUGGAAAUGCCUGGAGUUGGUUCUAUGGCUCGCACACCCUGUGUUCCUCUCGGGAUGUCUUUCUGAUUCUCUAGAUCUUUGGAUCAGUGGCUCUCUGAGCUAUAGCCCAGGACUAAGCACCACGUAGUCUUGCCCCCCCCCAUGCUGCCGCCAUCGCUCUGAGAUGAUGUUCUGUACCACCUUCCUGUCCUCUCCCUCUGAGGACCUAUCUGAGGGGGGAGGAGGAGGGGCGAUGCUUCCGGGAGGGUGUCUCUCCACCCUCCACUGCCUGAUCCUUCCCCAGGAGGAACUAUAUGCGCCCCCCUCGAACCUCGCUACCCGCCUCUCGCUACGCCACGGGGACCACGCUUGCGGCGUGGCGGGUAAGAUGCUGCUGGACGUCAACGUGGCGGCGGCCGGAGAGUGUAAGGGGGACAGAGGGUGGAGGAAGGGGGACGGAACUCCCUGUGACUGUAGUCCCUCAGUCUCGCCCUCGGUCCGGAAGAGCCCCCGUGGGGACUCCAGCCACAGAGGCCCUGCCCUGCCCAUGGCCACGGUGGACAUCAAGAAUCCAGAGAUCAGCAGCGUGUCACGGUUCCACGGCCACAACUCUCAGCUCAACAUGGUGAGCAGCAGCGUCAACAACAACAACAAGAAGGAGAAGAAGGUGAAGGGAAAGAAGGGCAAGAAGCUGACCAAGGCAGACAUCGGCACGCCCAGCAACUUCCAGCACGUUGGCCAUGUCGGCUGGGACCCCAACACAGGCUUCGAUGUGAACAACCUAGACCCGGAGCUAAAGAACCUGUUUGACAUGUGUGGCAUCUCUGAGGCCCAGCUGAAGGACAAGGAGACCUCCAAGGUCAUCUAUGACUUCAUCGAGAAGAAGGGAGGAGUGGAGGCAAUCAAGAUAGAGCUCCGCAGACAAGCCCCUCCACCCCCCCCUUCCAGAGGUGGACCCCCACCCCCUCCCCCACACCAGACCUCUGGCCCCCCGCCCCCACCGGUCAGGGGCAGGGGCGCACCUCCCCCUCCUCCCCCCUCCAGAGCGCCCACCUCAGCACCACCACCUCCUCCCCCCUCCAGAACAGGCAUGGGAGCUCCACCCCCACCCCCAACUAGAGGCCUUCUGCCCCCUCCUCCCCUGGCUCCCCAUGCCCCACCUCCUCCCCCACCUCCCUCCUUCACCCCAGCAGGUAUUGGUUCCGGAGCACCCCCUCCUCCUCCCCCGCCUCCCGGCCCUCCUCCCCCGCCCAUGCUUCCGGAAGCUGAUGGAGGGGGUGGAGGUGCUUGUAAGCCCUCAGCCCUGUUGAGCCAGAUCAGGGAGGGGGCUCCGCUGAAGAAGGUGGAGCCCGUUUCUACCAGCACUGUCCGAGGCGGACUCCUCGAACAGAUACGACAGGGCAAACAGCUAAAGGCUGUGACUGACGAACCAGGGUCAGGAGGACCCGCCACACCUUCAGCCGGCAUCGUAGGAGCUCUGAUGGAGGUGAUGCAGAAGAGGAGCAAAGCUAUCCACUCCUCAGAUGAUGAUGACGAUGAUGACGAGGAAGAGGACUUUGAGGAUGAUGAUGAGUGGGAUGACUAGCGACCCUCCCCCUCGCAGAUGAUUGACAACACUACAUUGUUCCUAAAUUGUCUUUCUAAAUCUUAUUCAAAUGAUAAUGUAAAUGUUUUAUCAAUUUGCUGUAUAUUUUUGUUGCCUUUAUGCUCUUUUUUUAUUUUUUAUUAUUAAUCUGUGCAAUACCUCAUUUAAUCUGUAAAGGUUUGUCAUGUUAUCUUUCUGUAAAGUUUUUCUUCUCUCUCCUGGAUUUAACAUUUUUUAUGUCAAGUUUCUCUUGAUCUGGACGAGGUCAGUCAGUGACUGGAGGGAGAACAAAUGAACAAACUGUCAGAGCCCUUAAUAAUAUUGUUGUUAAAAAUCGAGAACACUAUUUUCAUACCCUUCUCUUACUUUAUUUUUACUUCUUCAAAAAUACUAGUUUAGCACUCUUAUUUUCUUAUGAAAUCAGCUCUGUUGGAAUAUUUAGCCCCAUUCGCUGUCAAUGGUAAAUCUACUCAGAGUUUGUAUUUUUGCACGAAUUGAAAGAGGCUCAGUACGUGAAUACACAGCAGUAUCAUGGCUGUAUCUGCAACGUUUUGCUUUAAAGGCUAUCACUUAAAUGAUCCAACACUCUCAACCCGUACACUACAGUAGUACACACACACACACACAACUGUCUGUUCUGUCUUUUGGUUUGUUUCAUCAUAGUUACACUACAUUAUUGAUUACAAAUGGUUAUCACACAAACAUCAAUGUUUUUUUUAUAGUAGCAAUCGGACUCCUACAGUUAUUUGUUUGAAUCAGGUCGGUGCAGACGAGGGUGAAUUAGUUUGUCAACUUAAUAUGACAUCUGAUCUUGCAGCCGAGUGUCCCUUGAGCUGUUUCACUAACAAACUGUCCUUCAGAACCAGUGAACUACACUAACACUCAUCUACUAUUGACACUAACCUGACUACACAGGGGGAUACGGCUUUCUCCUUGGAAGGGAACCAAUGCUGUUUUAUUUUUUUCAGUAUCGCUCUGUCUGUUUUCACGGUUAGUGAAACUGCAUUCAGGAACCAGGAUAUAUGGACAACAAACCUUCAGAAAUUAGGUUGGAAGAAUAAUGGACUAUUAAAUUGUACACAAAUAAAUGUUAAUAUUUACAGA